GAUCGUCAAGAAGAGUGAAAAGUGGGAAAAGCAGAAAAUUCAGAAAGUGCACCCCGAUAUCAUUGGAAAAGCUGAACUUUUCCCUUAAAAAGCUCCCUGGUCUGCACCUACCGAAAUCAACACUAAUUGUGGGGAAUAAAAGCCUUCCGUUCUGGCAUAACAAUCCUACCAACUUUCAACUCAAUUAUCCGUUCGAUAGGAAUACAAUAUACUGCAACCAUGAAAUUGACAUUAAAUUCAACAAGUCUAAGGCGACGUUCCCGUUUUACAGUAUCUAUACUAAUUGUCGUAUUUUAUACUAUAUUGUUUCUAAUUAUAAGGAAAUAUUUUUCAGCUGAGCAAACUAUGGCUCAGCGUGAAGCUGAGCUGCAGAUGCGGAUUCAGAAUGUAGAAUCCAUAUAUCAAGCAAAACCGGAAGAUUUAAAAAAUCUACCGCCGAAUCUGGGAGUGCCUAGUCAAAACGGGCAUAUGACGAACAUUCUGGAUGGUUUAAGUGCAAACUCAAGAUCACUAAUUCAAAAUGUAUCUACUUCAUCAGCUCAACUACCUGUUGAUUUAAAAUUUCCAACGGUCUAUCAUUUUCUACCACAUUUAUUAGACGAUCCUACCUCUUUUCGACCAGCAUAUUUGCAAUCUAAGAAUAGACAGGGCGUUUCGAUAGUUCUUGGUAUACCAACGGUUAGGCGCGAUAAGCAAUCAUAUCUGUUAGAAACUCUGGACAACUUGAUAGGAAACAUGGAUGAUCAGGAGCAAAAUGAAACUAUGAUCGUUAUAUUUAUCGGAGAAUCAGAUAUCGAAUACGUGACACAGGUAGCUACCGGGAUAUGCGCCAAGUUUUCUACAUUCGUUGAUAGUGGAUUUAUUGAAAUUAUUGCUCCUGCGGCAAGUUACUAUCCAGACAUGACACGCUUAAGACAAACGUUGGAUGAUUCCGUUGAUCGAGUACGAUGGCGCUCGAAGCAAAACUUGGAUUUUGCCUAUCUUAUGGCUUAUACUCAACCAAAGGGUUCUUUCUAUGUGCAGUUGGAAGAUGAUAUUAUUACAAGAAAAGGAUUUAUUAGUAUUAUGAAAAACUUUGCUUCAAACAAAAGUGCCGAAGAGGAACAUAGCCAAUGGUGUGUUUUAGAUUUUUGCCAGCUUGGAUUUAUUGGAAAAAUGUUUAAAUCUGGUGAAUUACCUUGGCUUAUAACUUAUUUCCAAAUGUUUUUCAAUGAACAACCAGUCGAUUGGCUUCUGUACCAUUGGAUCGAUACAAAAGUGUGCAAUAUCGGGAAAGACCCGAAAAUUUGCAAACAAGACAUCUCGAAAGUUUGGAUCCAUUAUGAACCGUCACUGUUUCAGCAUAUCGGAACAAUUUCAUCAUUGAAAGGAAAAGAGCAAAGACUGAAAGAUGAGAAGUUCGGUGAAAUUUUUGAUUUUUACCCACACAACAAUCCACCGGCGGUUGUUGAAACUGGGAUUCAGCAUCACGAAUUCUAUACAAUUCAAAGGGCCUAUAAAGGAGAAAGUUUUUUCUGGGGUCUGAGGCCACAACAAGAGGAUUUGGUUGAGUUUGAUUUUAUUAAUCCAAUAGAGCUCCAAAGAUAUUUAUUCCGAAGCGGAAGCUUUGAACAGCCAUUUGACCGUUUCUACAAUACCACUGUAGAGAUGCUACCACAUAAUUUAGCAGAAGAUUCUUCUGUUUGGAGCAAUUAUGAAACCACAACUGAUGGGUUUUUAAUUGUUGGUGCUUUCAACGAAUUUGGAAUUGCUGAGGGUGUCGUAGAUGCGAAAAUAGGAAAACUCAAAAAACUUCGACUGCACGUUCAUAGUGAUAGCGAGAAUUGGGUUAUAUUGCGUGAGAUACUACUGCAAUACGAUUCGUUAUAAAAACGUCACACAAUAGUCCGAUCGAAAGCCCGCCUCUUAGUAUGAGAGAGAUUUUUCCCGUGUUACCAAAAUUGUUA